AUAUAAGGCGUCGGCGUAGCUGCCUGUCACACACACAAAAAGGAGAAGAGCCCAGAAGCAGAGCUGCACACCGGGGACAGGCAGCAGCAUCCCCCUCUAAGGCAGCUCACAGGAACACGCCAGCUCCCGCUCAGUCCUCCUCUGUGCUUCUGGACAACGGCCGCUGAGCCGCUGCGUUCGCCUCCCCUGCUUGCGGAGAAAGACAGCCUGCUGUGGACAUGAUGGGGAAGAAAGCCAGGAAAGCCUUCGACUUCAAGAGCUUUCUGAAGAGGAACUGGCUUUUAAUCGCCACCAUUGUGUCCGUGCUGUUAGGGAUCGGACUGGGGGUGCUGGUGCGAGAAUAUGGCUCUCUAUCCCAGCUCAACAAGUACUACUUUGGCUUUCCUGGAGAGAUCCUGAUGAGGAUGCUAAAGCUGGUCAUCCUGCCACUCAUCAUCUCAAGCAUGGUAACAGGAGUGGCAGCCCUGGAUUCUGAGGUGUCUGGAAAGAUUGGUUUGCGUGCUGUUGUUUAUUACUUUUCCACCACAAUCAUCGCUGUCAUUCUGGGCAUUGUUUUAGUGAUGGCAAUUAAACCUGGGGUUUCUCAAACCGCUGACAACAUCGACAGAACUGGGUCCACACCUGACGUCACCACAGUGGACGCCAUGUUGGACCUUCUGAGGAAUAUGUUUCCUGAAAACCUUGUUCAGGCCUGUUUUCAACAGUACAAGACGAAGCGCAAAGAGAUUGAGCCCAGCAAACCUGUGGAAAACACCACAAUGAUUCCGCCUGUUACCACUGUCAUGACAACCGUCCCACAGGAAAACAUAACCAAGGACUACAAAAUAGUUGGGAUGUACUCAGAUGGGAUCAACGUUCUGGGCCUCAUCAUCUUCUGUCUGGUGUUUGGGCUGGUCAUCGGGAAGAUGGGGGAGAGAGGGCGCAUACUGGUGGAGUUCUUUGAUGCGUUAAAUGAGGCCACCAUGAAAAUAGUCCAGAUUAUCAUGUGCUACAUGCCGGUGGGAAUACUGUUCUUAAUUGCCGCCAAGAUCAUUGAAGUGGAGGACUGGGACAUCUUCCGAAAACUGGGCCUAUACAUGGUGACAGUGCUGAGCGGACUAGCCAUCCACUCCACAAUAUUUCUCCCCCUGAUUUAUUUCGCAUUUGUGAGGAAGAACCCCUUCACGUUCGCCUGGGGGAUGGCCCAGGCACUGGUGACUGCUCUCAUGAUCUCCUCCAGCUCGGCAACACUGCCAGUGACGUUCCGCUGCGCGGAGGAGAACAACAGGAUCGACAAGAGGAUCACCCGCUUCGUGCUGCCGGUGGGGGCCACCAUCAACAUGGACGGCACGGCUCUCUACGAGGCAGUGGCGGCCAUAUUCAUCGCGCAGCUGAACAACUAUCCCCUCGACGUGGGCCAGAUCGUCACCAUCAGUAUAACAGCAACAGCAGCCAGCAUUGGAGCUGCAGGUGUUCCCAAUGCUGGGCUGGUAACCAUGGUGAUAGUCCUGACUGCAGUGGGUCUACCAGCCAAUGACGUCACUCUUAUCGUCGCUGUGGACUGGCUGUUGGAUCGUUUCCGCACCAUGAUCAACGUCCUGGGGGACGCCUUCGGGGCUGGAAUAGUACAGAAACUCUCCAAGAAGGAGCUGGAGAGGAUGGACCUGACCUCCGACGUGGACGUGGUGAACCCCUUCGCCCUGGAGACCACCAUGGACGACGAGGAGUGUGAGAAGAAGUCCUACGUCAACGGGGGCUUCACAGUGGAUAAGAGCGACGCCAUAUCCUUCACACAGACUUCUCAAUUUUAGCUCCUGACAUGCGGCGGUCCGUUCAGACCCCAGAAACCAGCAACAUGCUGCUACAAACGUGUGAGACGAAGGAAGGAACCAUAACAUUAGUGCCAUUACAUGAGAGGAGGUGCCAGUGACAGAGGAAUUCAUGCCCUGACUCCAGCAAUAGUCACCGUUAGUUCCCCUUUGGCAUUUUCUACAUCGCUGCCCAUACGAUGAGCCCACUGUGCGUUCGUGCCAAGUAGAGAGGGAAAUUCAGGUUGGAGGGUGUUACUGUGGCUCUCAAAAGGUGUUCUUUCAACAUGAGCGCUUCCAUGAUGCGUGCAAAUCAAGCAUAAGCAAAAAAAAAAAAAAAAAAAAAAAAAUUUUGCUUGGAGGUUGAACUGUGUUUAUAUUCAUACACUCUAAGAGCUAUGGUAGUAACACCACCUUCAUCAUAGAAAGCCUGACGAACUUCUGAGUGUGCCUUGCAGUGUUCAGACAUUUUCCCUCAUUGCUAAUGUGAUAUGUGACUGUACUGUAGGAAGCAGUCCAGUAUCUCUUUCUGCCUCUCUUGUCUGUCUUUGUGUUGUGUAUGAGAUACUGCCUCUCUUGAACCUCACCACUGGACUGUGUUGUGUAUAUUUCCUGCAGUAAAGAGCAUGGAUAGAUCUCAUGGCAAAACUAAAUAUAUUCUAGAUAAUCAAGAAUCUAUAUCAUAUAUAAAGAUUUGAAGUUUUUUCAACUGAGCUUCUAAAAAUGACUCUUGUGGAACUUUCUAGAACAGUGAUUCUGAGGUAGUCUGGAGAUGCAAUCCCAUUCACUGUUCAAAUUGUGCUUCCUUUGACUUCACCAGCAUCACUCAGUGUAGAUAAAUCCUCCUAUUUCCACUUAAGAAGUUUGUUUACGGAAAUAAACAGUAUAUUUACUGUAUAAAUUGUAAUACGAAUUACAGCCAUAUGUGUCCCCCCUAAUGUAAAAGUUGUUCCUCAGAAUUACUAUUACAUUAUUGUUAAUGUAUGCUCACAGAAAACUAACACUAAACAGGUAACACAUUAUGCGUUUGUUAUGGAAAUGUUUUCCAACUAUAUCUUGAGUUAAAGCAUUCCUUUGAGGUCAUCAAGAACACCGGUGAGUACAAGUACACCCUGGCUGAACCACUGUUCUAGAACUUACCAUGUCCUGUAUUUACUUUUUGUGCCAAGAGGAAUGCACUGUUAAAAGGGGUACAUUGUCUAUCCAGUAUUUUAUUAAAGGAAUUUUUGCAUGAGUCAAUAUGAUACAGAAAUGAAAAAAAGUCCCCUUUAGUGUGUGAGAGGGUACGAAUGAAGAUGCUUCAGUAUUUGUAUAUGAGUGAACGUGUGAGAUUAUUGUUUGCCAUAGACACCACAAGUUUGUGGUGCAUAGAAAGAGUAAAGAGUCCACUGUGGGACUAAUGAGGAAAUCAAAUGUAUGUAAAAUUCUAGAAUUUUGCACAUCACAGCAAAGUAAAAUCCAUAUUAAAGUUGUAUCCCGUAUCCUGGCAGCAGUAAAGACAGAAAUGACAGCAACUUGAGCGGUCUCUCAGACUUGCAGUCACUGAAGCUCCACCCUGCCCGCGAAUGUAUUUUUGCCUCAAAUGCUUCAAGGCAACAUAUCUACAGGCAUCCCUGUCUCUUCAUCAUCGUGUUUGUCUGUCUGUGAAAUGGAAAGCAACAAACUGAGGCCUUUGAAAGCCACAGUUUGAAAAUGAAGUUACUGCACUGUACUGUAACUGUCCCAUGGCUUAAAGUGACUAAAAUGGGUAAAAAGGCACGCGUAAAAAUGCAUUUGACUUAUUGCCCUAGACUGGCAAUACAGCGGAAAUAAAUGGGAUACUGCAAUAACCUCUGUUCAUGGUUUUAUAAUCUGUUAUCUCUGAGUUAUCUUACCUUUUUCUGGGAAACCAGGCAGCUGAUAUAGCCAAUUCCACCAAUUCAAAAUGUAACUAUAAUUUAUAGGUGCAGUGCAAAGAAAAGAUAUCAACUGUGAAUCAAAGAUUUGUUAUUUACACUUCAAACAAUCUGAUUUUCUGAAUUAUGAACAGGAACACACUGCUCUAAAAUA